AUGGCUCCUCGGCCUUGGACAUCACAAGAGGCGCAGGAGUUUGUCAACACAUUCUAUAGCCGAUAUCAAGUAUGCCAAGCAACCAAGGAUUACAGUACCUUCUGGCCACCUUUCUUUGAGGCCUGGAAUGAAAAAUACCCCGAGCGCCUUGUCGUGUUCCCCGACAUCCCACUAGACCAAGAUCUGGACAUAGAACAAAAGGAUAUUGUCAAGGACGCGUACCAAUUACGGAAAGACAAACUUGUUAAUAAGCUUCGGAACGACUGGGGAACAUCAAAGGCUUCCAGAAAAGCCAAAAAUCACAGGGAGAAAGUGGGAAUAGAUGCGGCAGCAAGUAUUCUUGCAGCUCGUCAGACCAAGGGGAUGCGGUCAUUGAGUGUUUACGAAGCUUACUCCAAGCUUUACUAUGCUUCCUGCAUAAAGCCAGUUGUGGACGCAGAGAUGCAAAUGCUCAAGCGGGCUAAGUGCGGGGACUUGCAGCCCAAUGACGGGGAGAAUGAGUACGGCAAAGAUGUUGAAGGUAAUGAUGUGUCGCAGAAGAAGUGUGAGGUGAAAAGGGUCACGGUAGUCAAGCGGAUUACGAAGGAGAUGUAUGAAAAGGAGACCGAUGAGGUCAAAGACGAGGUUGCAGCAUAUAUCAAGCAGAUGGCUGAAAAGAAAACCCAAGCGUUGGGAACAAGAGAUGCAGAGAUCGAUCAUCAGAAAACCAUCGAUCAACUAGUUGAUAUCCUCACAGAAUUUUUCCAAGAACUUCAACGCCUCACAGGGUGGUCUUUCUCCGUCCUUAUGGGUGGGCCUACUCCUGUGUUGGGAGGGAAGAUCGAUGUUAGUAGCUUUCAUAUUGGUCGCACGGAGAUGGGAAACCUCUUCUCAGAUGCAUUCCCUAACUUUAACAGUGGGGUCAUGAAACCCUGGCUAGAAUUUAUCAAUCAAGUAUUUCCUACUGCUGCAGCAAAGGCAUUAGUAGAGGGCCAAGGCAUGAAUGAAGCGCUGCCACCAACUAUGGCUUCAGCACCUGAUGAUGUAUUAUCCCACGACAAGGCCGAUACACUUGCAUCCGCACUAGCCCCACCGCUGGAUGAGUCAGAGGAGCUUGAGCGCUUGGCAGAAAACUAUCUUGCCACCAUGGGACAUAGCCUGCCAGAGCUAGGUUUGCCCAUGCCAGAUCAUGCAGGCCACUCACUUUCUCUACUUCCUUUGUCCUCACCACCACCUCCUUCUCCGACAUUACCGUUCUCGGAGGUUAACACUGAAGAUCCAUACGACUUCAGCUGGCCUUCACCGCCUCCUAUGGGAACACCUUCGCAGGGGCAUGCUGGCCCUUCCAAUUUGUCUCUGCCCUCCUCCAAUCCUCCUUGGCUGUCAGGGCAAGGAGACUUUACAUUUCCACAAGCUUCUUGCCCUCCAAGUCACGACCAGUGUCCGCUUCCCGCAUCUAGCGCCAUGGCUACAAUGCAGCCAACUCAGGGUAACACUAGCCUUGAUUCAGUCAUCGAUCCUCAGGCUGCACCCAGCUUGUCUCCUCCAGGGCAAGAAGAAGUGCCUUCUGCAGCACCUCCCAUUGAUAAGCCUGCAGGAUUCUCGGAGAAGCGCAAACACCAGGAGGAUAAGCAAAGUGCGGAACCACUUGCAGAGUCCCCAGUUGACAGUCGUCCCAAACGUGUCCGCACAGGGUCCAGACGAAAUGAGAUCGCAAACUCAAUCGGCCAGGAUAAAACUGCUCAGAAGAAAUCUGCCGCUCAAGAGAACCAGAAGAAGACUGUUGGAUAA